AUGGAUAUUAUAACUGCCGCUAUGAUCAUCCCUGGAGGUGCACUCCUCGGGAUCAUAAUCUUAGCCUUUUUGCAAUACCACCUACGAAACAACUCCCUUCCUUAUAUCAACUCCCGUCACCUUAAGUUCUUCGCUCGUAAAUAUGCCUCUGAUCGUCCACUCCAUCGAUACCUUAGAAGCAUAGGCAUUGCUACACCGCUUUAUCUCAUUGGUCUUCUCUCUAUACUAGCAAUUAAUGCCACAGUCCUCGCUAUUUCUAAGGGCCGAGCAGUGCUGAUAAAACGAUCUGGUGAAGCUGUUUUGAUUAAUCUGAUUUUGCUCUUAGUGUGUGGCCGGCCCAACGUGUUCUCUGAGCGCGUCCACGUAUCACAACAGUUCAAGAAUUUCAUUCACAGAUGGCUUGGCAUUGUUGCCGUAGUCGAAUGUAUCGUUCACUUGAUAGCUGCUUUGAGUCUGAUUCGCCCUGGCACGCGUCCUUUCACAUCUGCAUCAAGCAUAGCAGGUCUCACUGCUGCUAUUAGCAUAGCUGUCUUGGGCGUAUUUUCAAUGCCGUUCGUUCGACGCCAUGCGUAUGAAUUGUUCCUAAGCACCCAUAUAGCCUUGACCGUCAUUAUAAUCGUUGCGAUCUUCUUACAUCUCGCCCCCUUUGACUUCUCACAACCAUCGAUCAUCCUCCUUAUUAUCGCAGGCUCGCUAUGCGCUAUACUUAUGGCAGCUCGAAUAGGAAUAUCUCUAUGGAAUAGAGCCGGGGUCAGGAUCUUUGAAGAAAAUGGAUUGCUAAAGGCUGACAUCACCCUGGCUAAGCCUCGUCAAGUUCGCGCCGGCCAAUACGUCUUCUUGCGAGUUCCUUCUACAUCGGCACUCUCCAUCAAUGAAUCACAUCCCUUUUUUAUAGCAUCAUGGGAUCAGGACAAGGAAAACAAGACCAGGAACAUCACUGCCCUCAUCCAACGGCGAAAGGGAUUCACUCGGCUCCUCCAAGCGCAACCCACGGCGGUGAGAGCCUUCCUUGAAGGCCCAUACGGGGAGUCACCCUUGGCCGAGGAUUACGGUAAUGUUAUCCUGUUCGCAUCAGGGAUUGGCGUUGCGGCUCAUUUAGGAUGUAUUAAGCAAUUGCUCAACGCCCGAGAUCACGGGCCUACUAGAACCCAGGUGAUAAGUCUCCUGUGGGAGGUCGACGAGAUUGAGCCGUGGGACGCGGCUAUCAAGAUGGUGCAUAAGCUGCUCGAUCAAGAUGCAGACCGAUGCGACAGGGAGACGCCUGAUUGGAAAAAUGCAAGGAGUCGAUUUGUCUUUCAAUACACCAUGUUCGUUCGACACCACGGGCUUGACUGGCCUGAGAAAUCCAGCGAAUCAAUGAGAGGUCGUCAACGCUGGAAAUUUGGGGCUUUGAACGCCGCUAGUACGCUCACGCAGGAACUGACCAACGUAGAAGUUCAGGGCCAGCGUCUCACACGUACUUUGAUCUCUGUCUGUGCCAAUCGUGAGAUGACUGAUAUGAUCCGGUCAGCUUAUGCGAAUACGCUUAAGGUGGAGGAGGCUAGGAGAGAGGUCGUAUUGCACACCUAUGAUUUCCAUCCAGAUGCUUAG